AUGAGCUUUGGUUCAGAGCAUUACCUGUGCUCCGCCUCCUCCUACCGCAAGGUGUUCGGGGACAGCUCUCGCCUGUCUGGGCGUCUCUCUGGGACUGGCGGCGCGGGCAGCUUCCGCUCGCAAUCACUGUCCCGCUGCAAUGUGGCCUCCUCGGCCGCCUGCUCCUCGGCCUCGUCGCUUGGCUUGGGCCUGGCCUACGGCCAGCUGCCGGCGUCCGACGGGCUGGACUUAAGCCAGGCGGCAGCGUGCACCAACAAGUACAAGAUCAUCCCCACCAAUGAGAAGGAGCAGCUGCAGGGCCUCAACGACCGCUUCGCGGUGUUCAUCGAGAAGGUGCACCAGCUGGAGACACAGAACCGCGCACUGGAGGCCGAGUUGGCUGCGCUGCGGCAASGCCACGCYGAGCCGUYGCGCGUGGGAGAGCUCUUCCAGCGCGAGCUGCGCGACCUGCGCGCGCAGCUGGAGGAGGCAAGCUCGAAGCGCUCGCAGGCCCUGCUGGAGCGCGACGGCCUGGCCGAAGAGGUGCAGCGGUUGCGGGCRCGCUGCGAAGAGGAGAGCYGCGGGCGCGAAGGCKCCGAACGCGCCCUGAAGGCACAGCARCGCKACGUGGACGGCGCCACUCUGGCCCGCCUGGACUUGGAAAAGAAGGUGGAGUCGCUGCUGGACGAGCUGGCCUUCGUGCGCCAGGUGCACGAUGAAGAGGUAGCUGAACUGCUAGCCACGCUGCAGGCAUCKUCGCAGGCCGCGGCUGAGGUGGACGUGGCUGUGGCCAAACCAGACCUGAGUUCAGCGCUGAGGGAGAUUCGCGCCCAAUAUGAAUCCCUGGCCGCUAAGAACCUGCAGUCAGCCGAGGAGUGGUACAAGUCCAAGUUCGCCAACCUGAACGAGCAGGCGGCGCGCAGCACCGAAGCCAUUCGAGCCAGUCGCGAGGAGAUCCACGAGUAUCGGCGCCAGCUACAGGCACGCACCAUCGAGAUCGAGGGCCUGCGCGGGGCCAAUGAAUCCUUKGAGAGGCAGAUCCUGGAGUUGGAGGAGCGGCACAGUGCGGAGGUGGCCGGCUACCAGGAUAGCAUUGGACAGCUGGAGAAUGAUCUGAGGAAUACCAAGAGUGAGAUGGCACGCCACCUUCGGGAAUACCAGGACUUGCUCAAUGUCAAAAUGGCCCUUGACAUUGAGAUAGCAGCUUACAGAGUUGGAGCUGAAUUAAUGGCCUAUUUGAUCACAUUUUUUCAGGUCUUAAGAAAAGAAGAUAGCAUUGGACAGCUGGAGAAUGAUCUGAGGAAUACCAAGAGUGAGAUGGCACGCCACCUUCGGGAAUACCAGGACUUGCUCAAUGUCAAAAUGGCCCUUGACAUUGAGAUAGCAGCUUACAGGUACUUCAGAGGGCAUGCUUACCCAAGCAAAGCACAUACUUACCUGGGGGCAAUGCUACUCAAAUAA